GUACUCGGAUUUUAUUAAAUAUAUGGCUCUCAAGGAAAUACAUUUAAAAAUAUUUGGCUUUUAUGGCUCUCCCAGCAAAAAAGGUUCCCGACCCCUGGCCUAAUCAGUACCUCAUUAAGUAGAAUGAGGUGUGCUUGUGUUGGAAUUCAACAUAAACUGGAAUGGAAUGGCUGCCAAACAUGUAAAAAAAGCUGAUUUAAGAAAGACUUGGAGUGGUUUCUUAAUUGUUUUCCAGAGCUGUAUAUAUAUUUGUUCAUGUGCAUUUCUUUAGAAUGUAGUACACAGCUUUUGGAGAAUAUGGAUUUCAAAAUAGCGAACAAAGUAUAUUUUCCAAUAUGUUGAACUAGUUCUUUAAAUCAGAUGCAACUAUAUAUUUUAGCUAGCUCUUGUGUAGCCAUCCAUCAUAGCUUACAUUUAUGUAUUAUGGUUAAUAGGGAUAAUGGCAAAUAAAUGUAGCCCUCUUCAGCAGCUGACGUGAGUAUUGUGGUUGUCAGAACUGCCCACAAGCAUAAUAAUCUGGUCCUAACUCUUUAUUUGUCUUCUAGGCAUCAAGCUCUUUCGGAGCAGGAAAGUACUUUUCUCCCUUUUAACAAAAAUAGGUUUUGUGAAGAGUGAUCCCCUAAACUGGCAGCAUACUAUAACUCUCUGAAGGACAGACCCCGCAUGUGUGUUACAUAUCUAGAAAGCCAAGGAUAUGCUUUUCACAGUAUAUCAGGACUCAACCAGCAUGCAUGGUGUGUGAAAUAAAGUGCUCAUGUCUCCCACAGAGGACAUACAUGAAUUGCCGGGGUCUCUGGAGGAUAAUAACUUUGUUAAAUCAUGCUGCUCAAGCAAUAAGCGUGGCAGAAUUCCACAGGUCAUAAAAAUGGCAUACUAAUGAUAGAAUAGCAAAAUCACAUUUUCUGUCCACUUGAAGUAAGGAGUAAGUCAGUGUGGUGUUAAUUCUAAAAUAAAUCACCUUCUGGUAAAAAAUUAACAAAUAUAGAAGUUAGAAGAAAGUUGUCUAGUCGAAGUCAAAAGUAUUCAACAGAAUCAGUUUCAGCUGAAAGGACAGAUAACCUGCACCAAUAUGUGUUACAAGUAUCUGACACCCAGUACAGAAACACAGGGCAGAUCUACAGUAGAGCUGCUCGGGCAGGACUGCACGUAGUACACAUUUCUGUCUAACAAAUAAGAACAAACGCACAAAGACAUAUGACAUGUGUAUUACAACCGUGGAGAAAACACAGGGUCAGUCACUGUAAGGACAAACAAAAACUUUAAAGAGACAAUAUAACCAGGAGACUAUACGAUGAAUGUCUGUGACAGUUAGCAGAACAAAAGUAAACAGAACAUUGUUCCAAGGUCUUGAUGCUAAAACAUCCAAAUGUUGACUAAUCUGGACUUUGAAAAAGCCAAUAGAUCUGACCGGUCAUCAUUUCUAAAGAACUGCCUUUAAAACUGCCACGGUUAAAUUGUUAAAUAGACCUUUGACCAAGCUGCAGUUGCAGAACCAGCUCUUUCACUGCAGCUGUGCUUCAAGAAUCUUUAUCGGCUUUGAAACUGAGAAGAUGGGAACAUAUUUGAAUUUGGUGGUUCUGCUGUCUCUCUGCAGCCUCUCCUUGGGUCAAGGUAAUACACAUACAUUAUAUAUUGUAACCUCAACACUUCUAAAUGGCAGAAUGUAUUAUAUAUAUUUCUACAUGCACAUUUCUUUAGACUGUAGUACACAGCUUUUGGAGAAUAUGGAUUUCCCGGGAACCGACAUCAAAUUUUUCUACUCUCCUGAUGUUGACCACUGUCAGCAGCUUUGCACCCAGCACCCCUCCUGUCUCUUCUUUACCUUUAUCCGGGCUGACUGGACCAGAGAUAACAGGCACUUCUACUGCUACCUCAAGACCACUCCCACCGGACAGCCCAAUGUCCGGACUCCACUGUUGGGUGUCACCUCAGGAUUUUCUCUCAACACCUGCACCACAGAACUACAGCCUUGUCUGCCUAAGGUGUACAACAACGUGGACUUCCCUGGGGCAGACUACCGGUCUUUGUUCACAGCAGACUAUGAGGAGUGCCAGAGAGCCUGCACUCAGGACCCUGGCUGUCAGUUCUUUACUUUUGUAAAUGAGUUAUUCACACCAGAGAAGAUCAGGUACAAGUGCCACCUUAAAUUCAGCUGGUCGAUACCAGUGACUCCCGUUGUUGAAAAACAGACUGGUGCAGUAUCUGGAUUCUCCCACAACAUACAAAUAACUCGACAGUCUAAGACAGCAUGUGAGGGCAAGCUUUUUCCAAACACUGGCAUACCUGGAAACGACCUCAUGGUUCUUCCUGCUGCCUCUCCUGGACACUGUCAGGCAUUGUGCUUUGCUCAUCCAUCCUGCACCUACUUCUCUUUUGACAGGAAUGUCUUCAGUUGUAACCUGAAGAACAACAACAAUGAAAUGGUGACCGUGGCUAAAGAAGGAACCACAUCUGGGUUACCAUCACGCUUCUGUCAGCCGGAUGACAACUGGGUUAAGGUGGCUCAUGAAGGAGUCGAUUUCCCAUUUUCUGACAUUCGCUUUGAGCUGGUGGACGAUGCAGACAUAUGUCAGGGGAAAUGUAAUGAGGAUUCUACCUGCCAGUUUUACAGCUAUAUUAAGAAAACCUCCUCUCGUCAUGACUACAGGCGUCGCUGCUAUCUCAAGCGGGCCAUCACCAUGUCUGCUCCUCCGAGAAUUACCAAACUGGCCAAUGUUGUAUCGGGCUUCCAACUGAGGACCUGUGUGUAGAGUGCUUCACUCACAUGCAUGUUUCAUACUUGGUCUGUUGGUUUUACUUUCAUUCGAUUGCUAUUAAAGCUGUCGUUGAUACCAUUUGUGUGUGUGUGUGUGUAAACGAGCAAUAAAACAAAACCAUCAGUUUUCUUUCA